AUGUCAAAGGCUAUCAAUAACUUAGAUCAAAGCGUCAAGCAGUCGGUCGCCUCCUACGGCAAAGGAGUACUCAUCACUGGCUGUGAAACUCCCAUCGCUUGGUAUUUGGCUAAGAAACUCGAUGACUUAGGUUUCACUAUUUAUGCUGGCUUCAGUGUACCAAUCGAGGAAUCGGACGAGGCGAAAAUCUUGAAGGAGGAAACUUCCGGCCGCUUGAAAUUGUUGCAUUUGGAUGUGAGCUCUGAGAAAUCGCUACUCCAAGCCGCUGUCUAUAUUUCUGAACAUUUACCCGAUGGUGCUUACGGUUUAUGGGCUGUGGUGCAUUGCGCUCACUGGGUUGCCUUGGGCGAGUUGGAAUGGAUUCCAUUCGGUGUUUUGCGCAAGUCGUUGGAUUUGAAUUUGUUGGGUGCCGCCCGUUUGACCCAGAUUAUGUUGCCAUUGAUUCGCCGCUCGACUGGACGUGUUGUCUUCUUGACCUCAGGACUUAGCAAAAUCCCCGCGCCCGUACGUGGCAUUCAAAGCGCCACUCAAGCCGCUAUUGAAAGCUUUGCUGGCUGUUUGCGUCAGGAGAUGCGUCAACGUGGUGUCGAUGUGUCAGUGGUGGCUGCCGGAGAAUUUGCACCAGGCAACAGUUGGCUUAAUGAAACGGAAUUGCGCGAACAGGCUAAGGAAAUGUGGGCUCAACUAACCUCCGAACAGAAGAAAACCUAUGGCGAAGAUUAUUAUGAAGCUGCCAUGACUUCGUUGGAAAAGUACUCGAGAGAGACCGCUGAUAUUCAACCCUCCCUGCGCGUUUUGAUUGAUGCCGUUUCCCGCACCUUCCCCAUGGCACGCUACACCCCGGUAACCGCAAGCGAAAAGAUUCAAAUUUUCAUGGCCGAACACUUGCCUACCGCACUGUAUGAUAUCAUUUUCGCUGAACCCAAAAAGAAGGUGCGUCCACAGGGCGCAUUCUAAAGUACGACAAGCGCACACACGCACACAAAUGGCAGGGCAACUGACUAGGCAAAUGGACUAAAGAAUAUGGCAGUAUACAUUACUAAAGGCGUUGAGAGUUCACUGCGCAAAUUUGUAUUGUUGUGAUCAUGAAAAAAUAGAAAUUUUCUUUAAAAAUUAAAAAAUUAAAAUCCGUAAAAUUUAAAUAAUAGACAACGAAAGGCAGACAGUCACAAAUGCAUAGACACAAAAUUUUAAUUUAUAUUAUAGUUUUAACCAUAGCAUAAAUAAAUAGUUGUUGUACUAAACAGGCAUUUAUUUUUUGUACGCCUUCACAUGAGUCUUGAAUUUAGAUUUUGUUUAAUGUAAAUUUCGAAAUUUUCGUAACAAUAGUUAGGGGAACACGCAUUUAACAAUUAUCUUAUGUUUAUCUUUUGUUAUUAAUUUGUGUAUGAUAAUUUUUUCAAAGUAUUUUCUGUGUAAAAAUGAUUCUUCAACUCAUGUCUCGUUUUGUGUAGAUUUUAAGCUCUUAUUCAAUAAGCCAAAUA